CGGCUGUUUCUAGGAGGCGGAAUGUGGCGAGAAGAGUGGACUUCCGGCAGCUGAGCCUGAGGCGAGAGUCAAGCGAAUGGGGGAUUCCAGGGAAGCGGGGGGUGAGGCGGGCGCCGGGGCUUCGCCCUCGCCGCUGAAAGGAGAGCCAGAGGAGCCCAAACAGGGUUCUGUGCUGUUUCUUGGAGGCAAUGAAGUAAAAAGCAGAGCUGUAGUAAAGUAUUCAUCUGCUCCACCUCAAGCGGCAUUUGCCCGUCUUCAAGAGAAGACUGAUCUGAAACUUCCUCCAGCUAACUGGUUACGGGAAAGUGCCAAACUGGGAGCAGCAGGGGCUACCAUCCUUGGUAACAGCAAAAAAAGCAAGCCAUUUUCAAGCUUUGGUAUGGCGUAUGAUUUUAUUGACUCAAUUGGAAAUGAUGUGGACGUUGUAUCAGAUUCUGAGAACAUUAAAAAGCUCCUUAAGAUACCUUACAGCAAAUCACAUGUCAGCAUGGCAGUGCACCGAAUCGGGAGGACUCUUUUAUUGGAUGACCUAGAUAUUCAAGAGCUCUUCAUGAGAUCAUCACAGACUGGAGAUUGGACUUGGCUAAAAGAAUUCUACCAGAGAUUAAUAGAUCAGAAGUGGCAACGAAAAAAGAAGAGUAAAGAACACUGGUACCAGAAAGCUAUACUUUCCAAAUUUUUAUAUUACAGCAUUAAUGGUGAUGAAGCUGCUCAGCCUGUUCCUACCUCUGAAGAACAACAUCAAGAAGAAACAACUGAAGAUGAAACUGAUGAAGCGGGAAGGGUUUCUUGGCCAGCCCCUUUUGAAAUGCCUUCCUCACUUUCUGAAGAUGCAAGCACUUCUAAUCAGGGCAGUGUGCCUUUUGAACCCUCAUAUGUAGUGGGGCAUGUGGCCUCAGCCCCCAAAGAACAAAACCUAACUACUUUGUUCAAUGACGGGGAAAACAGUCAGGGUCUUAAAAAUGACUUUGUUCGUAACAUCUUGUGGACGUUUGAAGAUAUUCACAUGUUGGUUGGUUCAAAUAUGCCUAUAUUUGGGGGAGGAAGAUACCCUGCUGUGAGUCUACGUCUCAGGGAUAAUAACAAGCCAAUCAAUGUACUAACAGGCAUUGACUAUUGGUUGGACAACUUGAUAUGCAAUGUGCCAGAGCUUGUAAUGUGUUUCCAUGUCAAUGGAAUUGUUCAGAAAUACGAAAUGAUUAAAACAGAGGAUAUACCUAAUUUGGAAAACUCCAACUUUUCUACCAAAGUAAUAAAAGAUAUUGCUCAAAACAUUUUGUCUUUUUUGAAAUCUAACUGUACGAAAGAAGGACAUACAUAUUGGCUAUUUAAAGCAAGUGGAAGUGAUAUAGUAAAACUGUAUGAUCUGACCACUUUGUGUGAAGAAACAGAAGAUAAAUACCAAAAUCCUUUUACAAUGCCCGUUGCAAUUCUUCUCUAUAAAGUUGCUUGCAAUAUGAUGUUGAAGAAAAACCAAAACAGGAAACAUUAUGGUACUAUCAGAACGUUACUCCUUAAUUGUGUGAAGUUACUAGACAAAGGUAGACAUCCGCAGAUCAUUGCUUCAGCAAACUACAUGCUCUCAGAACUGUUCCAGCUAGAUGAACCAAAAAAGGAAGAAGGUGGUGAGUUUCCUUUAAAUGGUAACUCUGAUGAAAGCUACAGUGAGGAAGAGGAGGAAAUGCCAGAUAGUGAUGAAAAUGGUUCCUAUAGCACCAAUUCAGAUCCUCCUGAUGACAACAAAGCAGUUGCUGUAAUCAAAUCUGUUGGAGAAUUGUCAGUUCCUGAAAAAUAUAAAUCCACUCAUCAAAUACGUCCCAGCUGUGCAUUUCCAGUUUGUCAUGACACUGAGGAACGGUGCAGGCUAGUACUGAACUAUGUUCUUGAGGGUUUGAAAUCAGUGGACAGUAGCAUCAAAAAAGAAGGUGAUCUCCCUGCAGCAGACCCUAAUACUCCUAUUCCAUUGAAAUAUGAAGAUGAAUCAACAGGAGUUGGUCCUGAAUGUCUUGAAAAACAGAUGGCAUUGUUUUUAGACAAAAUGGGCUCAUUUCAGGAAGUUAAGAAUUCAAGUCAGUCAGGGAUGAUUCCCGGAUCCUGGCAGUACAAAAUGAAACUUCAGCUGAUUUUGAAAUCCUCAAAGGCUUACUAUGUCCUCUCUGAUGCUGCUGUGAGUCUUCAGAAAUAUGGGAGAGCAUUACGAUACAUAAAACUAGCUUUACAAUGCCAUGAUACUUAUUGCUGCCUCUGCACGAACAUGCUUUCUGAAGUACUCCUGUUUCUUUGUCAGAGUUUGACUCUUUGUGGCGAUAUCCAACUAAUGCUGGCCCAGAAUGCAAGUAAUAGAGCUGCAUAUCUUGAAGAGUAUAAUUAUCAGACAAAGGAAGAUCAGGAGAUCCUGCAUAGCCUGCAUAGAGAGUCCGGCUGCCAAGUAUUUUCCUGGGCUACGGAUUUGUCUACCGAUCUGGAAUGCCAACUUUCAAUUAGCUGCAAGUGCUAUGAAGCAGCUAAUGAAAUCCUACUUUUUAGUAAUUUAAGAGGGAUGAAUCCAGAGCAAUAUAUGCAAGUAGUGAAGAGAAUGGGCAACAUCCAAAAUGAAAUUGGAGUAUUUUACAUGAACCAAGCUGCUGCUUUACAGAGUGAAAGAGUGGAGAACAAAACAGUAUCUGCAGCAGAGCAGCAACUUUGGAGGAAGAGCUUCUCCUUUUUUGAAAAAGGAAUUCAAAAUUUUGAAUCCAUUGAUGAUGCAACCAACUCUGCUCUGCUUCUUUGCAACAUGGGAAGACUAAUGAGGAUUUGUGCUCAUGCUCAUUGCGCUGCUGGGGGAGAUUUUAAAAGAGAAUUUUCCCCUGAAGAGGCUCUUUAUUACAAUAAGGCUAUUGACUACUAUCUGAAGGCCUUAAGAUCACUGGGCAAAAGGGAAAUUCAUGCAGCUGUCUGGGAUUCUGUCAACUGGGAAUUGUCCACUACCUAUUUUACUAUGGCAACUCUGCUUCAAGAUUAUGCUCCGUUAUCCAGGAAAGCGCAAGAACAGAUAGAAAAAGAAGUUAGUGAAUCAAUGAUGAAAUCAUUGAAAUACUGUGAUGUUGAUACAGUAUCUGCACGGCAGCCCCUUUGCCAAUACCGAGCAGCAACAGUUCACCACAGACUGGCUUCCAUGUAUCACAGCUGUUUGAGAAAUCAGGUUGGCGAUGAGCACCAGCGUAAACAGCACAGAGUCCUAGUUGACCUUCAUUACAGUAAAGCCGUGAAGUUUUUCCAGCUGCUCAAGGAUGCACCAUGUGAGCUCCUUCGUGUGCAGUUGGAAAGAGUCGCCUUUGCAGAAUUUCAGAUGGCGAGUCAGAACAGCACGGUUGGAAAACUGAAGACUUUAUCUGGGGCUUUGGAUAUAAUGAUACAGACUCAGUCUGUAUUUCAGCUUAUUAGAAAAGAGCUUGCUGCUGAACAUGAGCAGAGACUUGAAGAUGACAAGAAUAAACUUGAAAGAAUGCCUGUUGAAGACUCUUCCACUUGCCUCAAUAAGGAAGAAGUAUUAAAACUCCUUGGAAUAUUUGAAUCUCGUUUGUCCUUUCUCCUCCUUCAGUCCAUUAAGCUGCUUACAUCAACCAAAAAGAAAGCUGGAGCUAACAGUGAAGAAGACGAAAAUUUGAAGACCAAUAAGUAUGUUUACUCACUUCUUUUGCGGUCUGCAACAAAGAAAAACUUGACUCUUCUUGAAAGAACAGAAACCAUUUUAAACCUUUUGCAACAUCUGACUCAGGACAAUGAAGGCCAUGCUUUGGGAGAUCAGUGAACUAACUAAAUGCUGGUACAUGUCGCAGCAAUUGAAUCAGUGCCUUGUUCAAAAUUUGAUUUGUUGUUCUAUAUGAGCUGCUUGAUUUUAUUUAUAUUGUUAUAUAUUUAUAAAAUUGUACAGCUGGAGAAAGAAAUCUUCAUCACUAUAUUUUGAAUGCUGUUCUAAGUUGCUGUAUGUUUUUUCUCUUUUUUAAAACAAAACUGUCCAAUUCCUUUCCCUGUGUUGACAUGGGUUUCAUAGGGUUCCAGAGCAGAGUGGUUUUGCUAACAUAGUCAUGUUUCAAUAAAAUUUAAUUUAGCUGGUUUUGUCAACAUUGUUGAUAAACAAAUCUUUUUCCAAAGCACAUCUGCUAGUAGUAUUAAUUAAAUCAUCAGAUUCAAUUUACAUAAACAUCUCUUGAUGCACUUACCAUAUUCCUCAAAAUGUGCCUUUCACAUUUCAAUGCAAAACAGGAUGGAUAUUACCCAUGGAAUGGAUAUUACCCAUUUUUUCUACCUUACACCUCUACCCCUGAAAUGUGAAUAAACAAUUAUGUAUUAAAGGUUGUGUUUUUUACUAAAAAUGUUUCUUGUAUGCCAGUAUUUAAUUGUUUUGUGCUAUGUUUCUUCCCUCAAAGUGCAGUUGUAUCACUGUAUUCCAGGUGGAUUUGGGAUGUUAAGCCAAAACAAGGUUUUAGAACAGCGAUUGACUAAUGCAUUUAAUCUAUGAUUUGAGUACACAUAAUUUUAGUGUACGGUGGGGUCUUUAACAUUUUGGGGCCAUUGGGAACACUUGCGAUUUUGAAUAUGGUGCCCAUUGUUGCAUUGAUAAUAGCAGAAAUCAAUGCUAAAGACAGCAUAAGAAUGUAAACAUAUGGUGAGAGUAAAGUUUGAGUUCCAAAACUCAAUUCUAUUUCUUUGAAUCACACUCUUCUCUAUUAGCUUUUACUCUACACCUCUAGCACAGGAGUUAUGCCUGAGCUGUUCUUCUCUCACUUUCAAACACACAUUCACUUUCUGGUUCGCUCUCUUAUAUGCAUAGAAAAUACCUCAUUGUUUUAUAUCCUUUUGCAAUCCAGUUACAAAUAUUCUGACCCCAUCUGUUCUUUCCUCUUCCUGUCAGAACAUUGUUUCCUGUCCACCUUAGUCAGCUGUUUUGAUGAGUGUUGAGAAGACCGCAGAGCACUAGAAUUCACCUUUUUCUCUCCAGAAGAAUGUCAAAAUAACAUCAAGCUUUUUUUCUUUCUAAGAGUGCCUCUAAAAGCCCAUGUGGCACCCAUGCCUUCUAAGGGAAAGUAACGUAACCUGGGGUGUUGGAGCUCAGCUCAAAGUAGGAAACGUGUUUUUAAAAAAUAACAUUUACAGUUUAAACCAAACAGUGUGGAAGGUGCUCAGUGGCUCUCAAAGGAAGUAUCUUGAAAGCACAGCAAGGAUAAUGUGUUGUCGAAGGCUUUCAUGGCCGGGAUCACAGGGUUGUUGUAUGUCUUUCGGGCUGUGUGGCCAUGUUCCAGAAGUAUUCUCUCCUGACGUUUCGCCCACAUCUAUGGCAGGCAUCCUCAGAGGUUGUGAGGUAUACAGCAAGGAUAACUCUAAAAGUAUGUAAUACAGGCACACAGGAUUUCUUAAGAAUAUAUAUUUUGCACCCACAGUGUGUGCAUUAGAAAACAAUGUUAAUAGCAGAUGAUGUUUGAAAAAAAUCUUGCUUAACCAAGAUGUAAAGUCUGCUCAUUCCACUGAACUGUUACUGUUUUGUGGCCUUCUGUGUGUGACCAGCAGCCCAUGCAGUCUUGCAUUUCUUUGUGCUCUUUAUGCUAAAUUAAAAUUUGUGACUUUAUGGGACGUAUAUAUACAUCAUUGGACCAAAUAGGCAUGGUAUGUUUUGAUGGAACUAAGAAUGCUUCUUAUUCUGAGCGAUGUUGACUCCUUUGACUUGAAUACUAACUUCCAUUCAAUAAGAGUUCUUUUUUCUGGUCCCUAGAAAUGAUCUUGAAGUUUUCAGAUAAAGGGAGAGUUGGUGGAACUCACUUCCUUGUGUGAAUCUAGGAGUAUUGUCAAAGGUUUUCAAGCUGGAAUCACCAGGGUGUUGUGUGGUUUCCAGGCUGUAUGGCUGUAUUGUAGCAGCAUUUGCUCCUGAUGUUUUGCCUAUAUACGUGGCUGACAUCUUCAGAGGAUCUUCCUCUAAAGAUGCUAAUCACAAAUGCAGGCAAAUUCAGAAGAAAAUGCUGUUAGAACACGGCCAUGCAGCCCGGAAACCACACAACUUCCCAAUCUAGGAGUAGCUUAGGAUCCAACACAUUUAAUACAAGCUCAACAUUUUAGGCAUGUAUGUAUGCUGAAACUCCUGGAUGGUGAAAACUCCUUUUUUCCUCAACAAAGAAAUUGUAGCUGGAUGAUUCCUGGAAUCCAACCAUCUCCCCAUGAGUUAUAGGGGUGUGACAACAUAGUAUCUGCUGUGAGGGGACAUUGUUCAAGAAAGUACCUUAAAGUGUAUGCCAUAAACAGUGUAUGCCAUCAACAGAACGCUGACUCUUGUAAGCAACUCUAACAUAGCAAUACCACUGAUGCAAAUAAACGCUUUAUUUUGUAA